AUGAAAAUUUUUGCCGUUCUACUGCUUCAAUGUAAGAAGAUAGCCUGUCGGACCACUAAUAUGCUUGUUCCCGUUGAUUGUAACGUCUCUGUAUCUCUAUCUGAACCCAAAGAUAAAGAUUUGGCUUUGAUGGAGGCCCAAAAAACAACGAUUGCAAUGAUAGAUGUUGGAACUAAUGAGUUUAUUUUGCCUAAGAUAGUGGAAGGACUGUUUAAUAGUGGAGUAGGUGCUAAUGGAGGUUUAGUACCUGAAAUGAUGAUUAGUUCAGAUGAACUAUCAGCAGUUUUAGAGUCUGCUUCCCUGGUAGAAGUCCUGGGGAAGGAGCGAGUGUAUUGGUUGUUCAAUGUCCUGUUUGGUGUGGAGAUAACUAAUGGGGCUUUAGCUUGUCAGAGCUGCAGUACAGUUUAUCCGGUUGUGAAUGGCAUAGUUGACUUUUUACAGAAGCCGGAAUAA